AUGCGGGACGCCUGGAAGACGCUCUGCGGCUCGCUGGUGGCCGCCCUGGUGUGCACGCCGUGGGCCCUCAGGCUCUUCGACAGCUCCGCCGCCGACGAGGUGCGGCCCGAAGGUGCCGCCCGCUCUGGCGAGCCCGCGGCCAAGGCCGCCAAGGGCGGCUCCAAGGCCGCGGCGCCGCGCAGCGAGGAGGACGGCCCCUCGGCCCAGGUGCGAAGGCUCCUCGCGGAGGUGUCGGCGCAGUUCGGGAAGGGCAACUUCAAGAAGAGCGGCCUCGCCGGAGCGUUCCGGGAGCCGAGGGCGCAGGCGGCGCGUCAGUGCUACCUCGACGUGGGCGAGGGGCUGCUGGACCUGAUGUACCUGCUGGGGGACGUGCUCACGCAGUUCGCCAGGAUAAGCGACGGGCUCGGCGAUUACGGCAUGAUCCGCGUGGCGCCCUGGCUGCACCCCUGCCUGGAGGCUGUGAUGGACAAGGUGGGCAGGCUGCGCUCGCGGCUGGACGAGCUGAAUCAGGCCGUGGACCACGAGCUCGUGCUGGCCAAGGCCCGCGGCGAGAAGGUGAAGAAGCCCCUGCCGUCGGAGCGCCAGAGCUCCCGCGCCCACGCGUGCAUCGCGCGCGCGGUCACGGGCCGUGAGAGCCACGCGGCCGGCCUGCUGCAGGCGCUGGAGGAGCUCAAGGGCCGCUCGGCCCCGGAGCGGCUGCCACACGUCGUCGACAACAUGGGGGACGCGUGCCUCCAGCUGCAGGACUGCCUCGGGUCUGCGCAGUUCCGCCUCUGCGUGGGGGACAAGGCGUUCCAGGAGAUCCCGCCUCUGCGUGACAUGGGCGCCGCGCACCGCGGGCCCCUGGGCAUGCUCGGCUUCGACUCCGAGUACGCCGGAGAGCUGAGCGGGUUCUCCGCGUCGGACUCCGACGGCCAGGACAUCGACGAGGCAGCCGCCGAGCCAGACAACCCCUUCUCGCCCACGUCGGCGAACCCCUUCUCGGCAGAGGUCGAGGGGAACCCCUUCUCGGCAGAGGUCCGCAAGGUGACCCGGACGAGGGCGGGCGAGCUCGCCGGGGGCGACCGCCGCACCCUGCUCCUGACGGGGGGGCACCUCGAGAUCUUCGCGCCGGGGUCCUCCGAGAAGGUGAAGACCCGGGUAGCCGACAGCUGGACCGUUUGCGACUCAUUUACAUUCAGAGAUAUGGGCAGCACGUUGAGCGAGCACGGAGUCGAAGUGAUUAGCAGUGACGAGUCCGAGGCACCGACUGUGGCCGCUACUACCGAGGAGCUCGAUGCGGCGCUGCCCGAGCAGGCGCGGCGGGAGUACGAGACGCGGCGGGAGGCCGACACGCGGCGGGAGGCCGAGACGUUGCGCUACGGGGACAGCGCGGCGGCAGCGGGCGGCGAGAGCGGCAUCUUCGACCCCAGAAAGUACGCCACGAGAAACAAUUUCUUCAAAUACGACGCCGACUCUGGAGUGCAGCGUGAUGCCAUCGAGAAGUACAAGGAUCUCCUCAAAGAUAUCGGCGAGGGCGAUACCAACGGCCACGGCAAGCGCAAGAGCAUGGCGAAACCAGCUGCGUCUGAGGCGCCGCUGGGGUCGGCCAGCAGCGGUGGAGCAGCCGAGGAGAAGUCCGAGUACAUCUACCAGUGGGAUCACCACAUGGAGCUGGCCUAUCGUACAAAAGCGUCGGCCAAGCGCAGCGACCAUCCAGAAUGGGCAACCAAGAUGGUUGAGCCAGAGUCGGCCAAGCUGACAGAUCCGAUGAACGCCGUCUUUAAAGAUGGCACGGUACGACCUAUACCGCAGAUAACGGUUGCCAGUUGGCGCAACGCGCAGCCAGCUGGAGGCGCAGGUGGCAGUGGCAGUGCACCUCGAGCUGAUGAUGCUGCUACCAAGCCCAAGGCCAAGGCCAAGGCUAAGAGUGGCAACACCAAACGAGAGAUGUUCACGGGCCAAGACACGUCAGGCAAUAAUGUAUGGGUCGAUCUGAGGACCGACAAGCCGAGGGGUAAGCCAGUCGACCGCCUGUGCCUGGUAAAGUGGGACGGUGGGAUAACGCCCCAGUUGGUGCAGGUGAACGUCAAAGUGUUCGAGGCCGCCGACUGCCAGGAGGAGUCGCAGAUGGAGGACCAGGCAGUGGACUGGUGCACGGAUCUAGCGAAGCGGUUCUGCGCUGGGGAGAUCGACAAGGUCAAGAUGGGGAAUCUCAAGAAAGACCUGCUCCAAGUCAAGGCGGACGCGCCGUGGGUGGCGAAGAUGAGGAGGGCUUGCAACUGUCGCAGCAUCAUCCAGCAGAUGGCGAUCACCAAGCAGAGCCCCAGGCCCGUCAAACCCGCGCCGAUCGGUGCGCGAAAGCCCGAGGCUGAGCCGAGUGAGCCAGGCUUCGAGAAGCAGCUGAUGGAGUUCUUCGUGCAGUGCGGCAACAAGGACGGCGGCGACGUGCUCGACGGCUUGGACGAAGCCACGCUGACUAAGCUGAAGGAGCUCGACGACCCCUACAUGGACGAGGCCGCGAAGACCAACUUCCACAACGUGCCCAUGCAGAGUGCAUUGGGGAGGAGGUUCUACUUGUACCUCUGCGCGCACAAGCAAGAGAAGGAGGCCUACGACGCGAAGGCGCUCGAUGACAAGCGCAAGCAUCGCCAGGAGUGGUUGCAGAAGAAGUUCAAGGAUAUCGAGGAAUCGAGGACGAAGCUGAUCGAGACCGUCUGGUCUGACGAGACGCACGGCGAGUGGAUGAACUUCGACAAGAUGCUGGUCGAGGAGGGUGCUCAAUCGAAUCUCAAUCCUCGGGCAGUUCUGCAGGGAUGCAUGAACAUCGCCAAGAAGUGCAUCCAGUGUGGGCCAAGGAGGUGCCAGAUCGACCCCGAUAGCGGCAGGCUGAUUUUCCGCCACGUGAAGCGCAAGGACUCCAAGAUCCACCGCCACACGUGGCAGCAGAUCACGGAGGAGCACAACAGGCGCAGCGGCGUGCACACAGUCGAGCAGCUGCCAGCGUCGGGGAGCGGUGAGUCGGCUGCAGCCGCCGAGAAGAUCACGCCUCCGCCGAAGGUGGAUCCUGCAGCCAUCGACACUCCCCCAAAGGAUCAGGGCGGCGCGAAGGGCCACCAGCAGCGCGGCAGGGUGAAGGGCAGCCCGAAUGGCAAGAGCAAAGCGAAGGCGAAGGCGAAGGCGAAGAUGAAAGGGAAGAAAGGAUCCGCGGGGGUUGUCACGGAGGCGUCUGUCAAGAAGCGCUCGCGCGAGGUGGCGGCGCUCUACGGGCAGGUGGUGCUGCGGGGGAACAGGCUCCUGGCAAAGAUCAACGAGGACGAGGCGACCUACAAGUGGGCGAAGAACGACAUGUUCGCGGGCAAGCUGGAGAAAGCGCUGCGCAAGGUGGACACCUUUGUCAACGCCGACGCGGAUCUGGUGGCGAUGUGCGUGGAUGGCGAGGACUGGGGCGUCGACAUGGACAGUGACAUGAACAGGGACCUCUCGACCUUGAACGACCUCCAUGCCAAGCUCGAGGACGUCCAGAAGCACGAGCAGCGCAUCCGCGACGUCGAGAAUCAGGAGGCCGCGUCGGCGAGCCAGUUAAGCCGCCUGAUCCUGAGUGGACAGAAGAUUGGGCCCGACAUCCACAUCGUGUUCGACCUGGGGUUCACGGGCAUCUCGUUGGCGGGCCACUCUUGGGGUGACCACGCCGUCUCCUACAACCAAGCGUGCUUGCAGUGCGAGAAGGAUGUCCACGUCAUAGACGAGACCACCCGAGACCUCAUCCUUACGAAAGGGAAGCUUCACUUCGAUAGGCGGAGCGGCCUGCUGCGGGGCGGCGGCUCGGAGCCGAAGGCGUACCUCUUCGAGUUCGAGCCCGCCCCGAGGGCGGCCGCCUUCCAGGCCGCCGUGGCCCGCCUGCGCGAGAACGGCACGUGGACAGGGAAGAAAGGGCGGGGAACCACUCAGAGCGUCACGUCCAUCGCGGGCGUGCCGAAGGAGUGCACGGCGCCGAGGCGAGCCAAAGCGAGCCGCAUCGGCCAGGUGCCGUUGGCCGUGUCGCUCGACUUCGAGGAGAAGUUUGGUUGGUCCAUGCUGACUAUGCUCUUGCACGAAAUGCUCCCGCGUGCGCAACCGCGCCGCCAGCGCCCUCCGAGACCACGCGGCCCGUGGCGCCGCGCCGCCGCCGGCGGCGCAGCCGCGCGCCUCCGAGGCGACCCCGAGCCCUUCCGGGUCGGCAGGAAGAGGGCGUCGCUGUCCCUGCAGCCCUACCUGGUGAGCACGCCGCGCACGCCGCGGGCAGCGAGCCAGCCGCGCUCCGGGGCCGAGGGCGCCCGCGAGUGAGCCGCGGGCGCGCGAUAGGAGGGACCUGCCCUGCCGAGGCCCGGAAGAAUCCCCGAUCUGCCCCGGUACGAUUUUGUCUUGGUCCUGGCGUCGUCUCGGGACCUUGCUGCCCGCGCGCUGCAAGGAGCCACGUCGCCGGGCGCCUGAGUCCGCGGACGCCCGAGGCCGACGUCCGUGCGCAUUUUUUUUCUCCGCCAUCCUUGGCCAACUCCUGCUCACGAGUGCCGCCCCUGGCUUUUCAACUUUUUGCCACCUGCGGCCCUAGCGGCCUCCUCCGCCGGUCCCCCCCCGGCCUGGCCUCCGCAUGCUGCCCCUGGGGCCGCGCUGCAGGACCUGGGCGCGCAGUCUCCUGAGAGCCGGAGGGCCCGCGCUGCGACGCCAGCAUCGGCACCAGCGUUGUGGAACACCGGCGGUCGCCUCCGCACUGUUGCUGGUGCCGGUGGUCAUCCCCAGGCCACUGAAGUACUCGAGUGGGCGUUUUCGACCACCGCGAGAUCGGGGGUCCUCUUCCCACGGUGGAGGCGGGGUCGCGUUCCGACGCGUGCGCGUGCGCCUGUCAUGGAUGGCAGCUUACCCGUCCUGAGCGACGCCGUCGGUGUACGGUGCGACGAACGUAUGCCGCGAACACCCAUGUUUGGCAUAGUCCUGCUCCAGGCCGGGAGUGUGCAUACACUGAUCGCGUGCCAAGGGUUCGCCUGGCCAGGAUCGGUGUCCGUAGGUGGAUACUUGGCGUCCUCCUACGCGAGUUCGCGCGUCAGGCAUCUGCGGGCGGGCAUGCUCUUCCUCCAGAGUGAUUUUGCCCAACGCCUGUGGACUCUACCAGCACUGCCGCUGCGAAAAGAAGGUGGGAAGCCUCGGUGCUCCAACAUGGAGGGCCUC